AUGGCGGAGCAGGAAGAAAUCUCAGAUCCGAGGGAGUCGUUGGUUGAUAAAAUCUCCGAUAAGUUUCACGGCAGCAGCGGCGGCGAUACGUCGUCGUCUUCGGACUCGGAUUCCGAGCCUCGGGGGGAACCGGCGCCGCCUUCUCCGGUCAAGGCGAAGACCUACCGGCUGUUCGGCCGUGAAAAACCGGUUCACGAGGUCUUUGGUGGAGGCAAACCUGCUGAUGUAUUCUUGUGGAGAAACAAGAAAAUAUCUGCCUCAGUGCUUGGUGUGGCAACUGCUAUUUGGGUUCUGUUUGAGUUGCUUGAGUAUCAUCUUCUUACUCUGGUGUGCCACAUUGUGAUCCUCGCCAUUUCGCUGUUGUUCUUGUGGUCGAACGUAACAACUUUCAUCAACAAGAAACCUGCUCGCCUUCCGGAAGUUCGCCUUCCAGCAGAACCAUUUACUGAGGUUGCAUCUGCACUUCGUGUUGAGCUCAAUCGUGCUCUUGUUGUGUUGAGGGAAAUUGCAUCUGGCAAGGAUCUCAAGAAGUUUCUUCUGGUUGUUUUUGUCCUUUGGGCUCUUUCCAUAUUGGGCAGCUUCUGCAAUUUCUUGACGUUGUUUUACAUAGUGUUUGUGCUGCUGUACACGGUGCCUGUCUUGUACGAGAAGUAUGAUGAUAAAAUUGAUGCUUUUGCCGAAAAAGCAAUCAUCGAGAUCAAGAAGCAGUAUGCAGUGUUCGACAGCAAGGUUCUUAGCAAGAUACCCAAGGGACCGUUGGAUAAAAAGCGGGUGUAG